GUAUAUGUACACAAUAGUAUAUGAAACGAGUUUAUUGUGAUUAAUUGUGGUUAUAGUUCACAAUUUGCAAGAAAUUUGACGGUUAAAUUUUAGAUGUUACAAACAAUGGCGUAUGCAGAUAAUAUUCUUCAACCACACGCAAUGGAAUAUAUGACACCAGAUUGGUUUAAUUCAGAACAAAGCACAGGGACAUCAAUCAUGGCAUGUGAGUUUAACGGUGGCGUUGUAAUAGGUGCCGAUUCUCGGGGUACAACAGGAGCCUAUGUGUCUAACCGUUUUGCCGAUAAAUUAACAAGAGUGACGGAUUAUAUUUAUUGUUGCCGUUCUGGAUCAGCGGCAGACACUCAGGCGAUCUCUGACAUUGUGGCUUAUCAUUUGGGAUUGCAUCAGAUGGAGCUUGGAAUGCAACCCUUAGUGGAGACCGCUGCCAAUGUAUUCCGUGAAAUAUGUUAUAAUUACCGAGACUCUUUAAUGGCUGGAAUCUUAGUUGCGGGCUGGGACAAGCAAAAGGGCGGUCAGGUCUAUAGCAUACCUAUUGGCGGCAUGUGUGUUAGACAACCGAUUUCAAUUGGUGGUUCCGGUUCAACAUAUGUAUAUGGCUACGUGGAUGCUCAAUACAAGCCAAAUAUGUCGAAAGACGAAUGCCUUAAACUGGUAGAGAACACACUUGCGUUAGCCAUGGCUCGUGAUGGUAGCAGCGGUGGUGUAAUAAGAACUGGUGUAAUCACAGAAAAGGGAAUUGAAAGAAAAGUUUUAUUGGGCAACGAAUUGCCGCGCUUUUACGAAGGUUAAAGAUUAUAUCAUUUGAUAUGUUUGUCAUAAUACAUUCAAUAAACUAUGUACUUCUUAAAAUUUAUGCGAGAUACAUACCGUAAUUAAAAUUAAAGAAAGAAUUAUAAA